AUAACCAAAACACAGCCAUCUGCUACAUACAUAUCACUACAAAAUCCUGAAAAUGGCAUUCUCUGAACCCAAUGCAAAGGCUCUUCUCUCUGCAGCAGCUUCUUUUGCUGCUUCAGCCAUGCUCAUACGAAGCAUUGCCAAUGACUUCCUCCCACACGAAGUCCAUGGCUUUUUCUCCUCACUCCUUCAUGGUAUUUCACGGAAGUUUUUCUCAUCUCAACUGACAAUUGUUGUAGAAGAGUUUCAGGGGUUUUCACCUAACGAGGUCUUUGACGCAGCUAAUGCAUAUUUAGGCACCAAAGCACCUACUUUUGCUCAGAGGGUCAAAAUCAGCAAGAAUGAGGAUCAAAAUUUAACAAUUUCAAUGGACAGAGAUGAAGAGGUGAUCGAUGAAUAUGACAAUAUACAAGUAAAAUGGAGGUUUGUCUGUUCACAGGUUGAAUCAGCUUCACAUAGAAAUUCUAAUGAUCUUAAUGCUUGUUUGCGUUCAGAAAUUCGAUCAUAUGAGCUAAGUUUCCACAAGAAGAACAAGGACAAAGUGUUAAGUUCUUACAUUCCAUAUGUUUUGAAGAGAGCAAAGAGCAUUAAAGAAAAAAGCAAGGUGACAAAGUUGCAUACUGUUGCUCCUUUCGGUGCUUGGGACGAAGACCCGAUCGCACUUGAUCAUCCAAUGACUUUCAAGACCCUUGCAAUGGACUCAGAGAUCAAGGAGGCAUUAUUGGAAGAUUUGAACGUGUUUAUGAAUGGAAAGGAAUACUACAGAAAGAUUGGUAAGGCUUGGAAACGGGGGUACCUCCUAUAUGGUCCUCCUGGAACAGGGAAAUCUAGCUUGAUUGCUGCCAUGGCAAACCACCUGAACUAUGACAUCUAUGACUUGGAGUUGACAGAAGUCCGGGGCAAUUCUGAACUGAGAUCACUACUGAUUCGGAUGUCCAGCAAAUCCAUACUUGUCAUUGAGGACAUUGACUGCACAAUCAAGCUACAGAACAGAGAAUCGGAUGAUGAAUCAUUCAAAAAUGGCGAAAAUCAGGUAACUCUCUCCGGACUUCUGAACUUCAUUGAUGGACUAUGGUCAUGCUGUGGUGAAGAACGGAUCAUUGUCUUCACAACCAACCACAAGGAAAGGCUAGACCCUGCAUUGCUGAGGCCUGGUCGCAUGGACAUGCAUAUUAACUUGUCUUAUUGCACCUUCUCUGCAUUCAAGCAGUUAGCCUUCAAUUACCUCGGAAUUGACCAUCACAAACUCUUUGAAGAGAUUGAAAGAUUACUGUGUCAGGUUGAGGCAAGUCCUGCUGAAGUUGCAGGGGAGUUGAUGAAGAGAAAUGAUGCUGAAGUUUGCCUCAAAGGCCUUAUCCAAUUUCUUCAUAGUAAAAUACCUGACCAAAAGGUAAAACAAGAUGAUGACGAUCAAAAUGAGUAAAUUGUACUAAUCCUACAAAUAAUAAAGAUCGGCAAAUUUU